CGUUUGGAUGACCGUUGAAACGGAACUCCAAAUUCCCCCAAUUCCGCGAGGUUCGGGUUUGCCCGAAAUCCGCCCGCUGCGUUCCCCUUCGCCGCGUCGCUCCAUGGCGGCGGCGAUGGCGACUGGCGACGGCAGCGACGACGCAGGUCAUUUCGGAGCAGCAGCCGAAGUCUGGGUAGCAAACGAGACCAAGGCUGAGAAAAUGUUCGAAGCCAAGAAUGACAAAGCCAAUGAUUUUGUUGAAGCAAGUAAGCUCAAGGCCAGCAGUGUUUUGGUGCACCCCAUUGCCGAGGCGUUGAAGGCUGAGGAGCAGCUAUUUCACUCUGUGAAAGAGGAGACCGAGGAUCAGUUCUUAGAUGGAAGUUCAUCUCUACCUGUUGACCCCGAGGCCAAAAAAAGUGGCCCAUUCGUCGUCACAGAGGUGAUGACAAAGGAGGAAGAGAAGUUAUAUGAGGCACGAGUUAAGGUAGAGGAAGAAGAAGAGGCUAAAAGGAAAGAAGAAGCUACAAGACUUGCUUUUGAUCCCAAUGCACGGUUUAGCAAGUUGGAUGAGCUGCUGACACAGACACAGCUCUAUUCAGAAUUUCUACUUGAAAAGAUGGAGGAGAUUACAGAUAAAGUUGUUGAACCUCAAGAUGAAGAGGAACCUGUGGAAGACAAGAAGAAAGGACGUGGUAAAAAGAGGACAACGAAUUCUAAACCACAGUACAAUGAUAAGAAGGCUAAGACGGCGGUGGAAGCAAUGCUGACAAGAUCCCGUGAAGAUCGUUCUGCUGAUGAUGGUACUCUCACAGAAGAAGAAAGGUGGGAAAAGGAGCAAGCCAAUCUUGUUCCAUUAAUGACUGGCGGACAGUUGAAAUCAUACCAGAUAAAGGGUGUGAAGUGGCUAAUAUCUCUCUGGCAGAAUGGGCUAAAUGGGAUAUUAGCUGAUCAAAUGGGCCUUGGGAAAACAAUCCAGACAAUUGGAUUUCUUACUCAUCUUAAAGGGAAAGGCAUGCAUGGUCCAUACAUGAUAAUUGCUCCUCUUUCCACUCUCUCAAACUGGGUAAAUGAGAUCUCAAGGUUUGUUCCAUCUCUUGCUGGCCUGAUUUACCAUGGAGACAAAGUGACUCGAGCAGAGAUAAGAAGAAAAUUCAUGCCACAAACUAUUGGUCCUGAUUUCCCAAUCAUAAUCACUUCAUAUGAGAUGGCCAUGUCAGAUGCAAAAUUUCUUGCUCAUUAUAAUUGGAAGUAUGUCGUUGUAGAUGAGGGACAUCGGUUGAAAAAUUCGAAAUGUAAGUUAUUGAGAGAGUUAAAGCGCAUUCCAAUGGCCAAUAAACUUCUUUUGACUGGCACACCUCUUCAGAAUAAUCUGGCAGAGCUGUGGUCGCUAUUGAACUUCAUUUUGCCUGAUAUAUUCUCAUCCCAUCAGGAAUUUGAGUCAUGGUUUGAUUUUUCUGGGAAAGGAGACGAGCAGCAACAGGAAGAAACUGAUGAGAACAAAAGAGUACUUGUUAUUUCGAAGCUUCAUGCCAUUUUGCGUCCAUUUCUAUUAAGACGGAUGAAGGAGGACGUAGAACAGAUGCUUCCACGGAAGAAAGAGAUAAUCAUAUACGCUAACAUGACUGCGCAUCAAAGGCAAAUCCAGACUCACUUGAUUGAGAAAACAUUUGACAACUACUUACAUGAGAGCACAGAAAUAGUGCUGCGAAGACCUGGCAUGAAGAUGAAGCUAAAUAACCUAAUGAUUCAGCUGAGGAAAAACUGUGCCCAUCCUGAUCUUUUCAAUGCUGCAUUCGACUCAACAAGCCUCUAUCCACCUAUCGAUAAGCUUCUGGAACAAUGUGGCAAAUUUCAGCUGUUAGACAGGUUACUGGAUUCCCUGCUCAAACUAAAGCGCAAGGUUCUAAUAUUUUCACAGUGGACUAAAGUUUUGGACAUCAUUGAUUAUUAUCUGUAUACUAAAGGGCUGAAUGUUUGCCGUAUUGACGGUAGUGUUAAAUUAGAAGAAAGGAGGAGGCAGAUAGCAGAGUUUAAUGACUUGAACAGCAGUAUGAAUGUCUUCAUUUUAAGCACACGUGCUGGUGGGCUUGGUAUCAAUCUUACAUCUGCUGAUACCUGUAUCCUGUAUGACAGUGACUGGAAUCCUCAGAUGGAUUUACAGGCCAUGGAUCGAUGCCACCGGAUUGGCCAAACACACCCAGUGCAUGUUUAUCGGUUGGCAACAUCCAAUUCUGUUGAAGGACGGAUUAUCAAGAAAGCUUUUGGAAAGUUGAAGCUAGAGCAUGUCGUGAUCGGAAAGGGACAGUUUGAACAAAAUAGCGCGAAACCUAACGUCUUAGAUGAGGAGGAGCUGCUCGCGCUGCUCAGGGAUGAGCUGGAUGAGGAAGACAGGAUGAUCCAAACAGACAUCAGUGACGAGGAUCUUCUGAAGGUGAUGGAUAGGAGCGACCUCACCGGCCCGCCUGCCGCUGCCGAUGCCACCCCUCUUAUCCCCCUGAAAGGGCCUGGCUGGGAGGUCGUGCUGGCCUCGAAGAGUGGCGGCGGCAUGCUCUCAGCGCUUGCCAGCUGAGCAUUGCCCCAUCAUAGCAAUGGCAGCGCCCCAGUAUUUUUCUGGUUCUGAUUGUUCACUGCUAACUAGUUGGUGUCUUGUGAAAACAGUAUCCCCCAAAGUAAUUAUCAACCUGGCGCUGCACUUGUAGAUCAGGAGCUGAUGAUUUGGCAAAAACUUACAAGAAUUGCUCUAGCUUAGCUAAUGCCUUCUUCCCUGCCAUGCUUUCGUUCAAAAAACUAUGUAAGACUAUUUUGGUAGUCUAUGGUAAAACGUUGGAAAAUGACAUUAAGAUCUUACUGAGUUA